AUGCGUACGCUAUUGUGGUUUGUUUCAUUUGGCUUCGCUGCCGCUGAGAACGGGAUCGACGGCUGGCUGCGGUAUGCUGCGUUACCAACCGACGUCCGCGGCGACAGUGCCGCUCCAAAUUCUAUUGUCGCUCUGAACAGCACUACAAUUAGCCCCGUAUAUGUAGCUGGCCAGGAAUUGCAAAAGGGCAUACGUGGAAUUUUGGGCCAGAGCGUCAAUGUAUCUUAUGAAGCAGUUGAGAGCAAGUUGACGAUCACAGUCGGAACGAUCGAGUCAUUCGCCUUGACCGUCAAUAACGCCGUGGCGGGCAUUCCUGAGCUCGAAAACGAUGGGUUCUGGCUGGACACCAAAGACGGGAGCGUCCAGAUAGUCGGACAAAAUGAACGAGGCGCCCUGUACGGUGCAUUUGAGUACCUGUCGAUGCUCGCGCAGGGGAAUUUCUCGGAAGUGGCAUAUGCCAGUAACCCGAGCGCCCCUAUCCGCUGGGUCAACGAAUGGGACGACUUGAAUGGCCAUAUCGAAAGAGGUUAUGGAGGCCCAUCCAUCUUCUUCACAUCCUCCUGGGCCAUUGCGGAUGAUCUAAGCCGGGUCUCUCAAUAUGCUCGACUGCUCGCAUCGAUCCGCGUGAAUGGGAUCAUUGUCAACAAUGUUAACGCCAAUGCGACCCUCUUGAACGCGGCAAAUCUCGCGGGCCUCAGCCGUAUCGCAGACGCAAUGCGACCAUACGGCGUCCGAGUGGGCAUCUCGCUCAACUUCGACUCCCCAAAGACACUGGGCGGGCUGAAUACUUCAGACCCGCUGAAUCCUACGGUGAUACAAUGGUGGAACGACAAAGUACGUCAAUUACACGAAAAAGUUCCGGAUCUGGCUGGAUUCCUUAUAAAGGCUAAUUCGGAGGAUCAACCUGGCCCGUUGACGUACAACCGCACACUUGCGGACGGUGCCAAUAUCUUCGCCAGGGCUUUGAAGUCUCACGGGAACGGCAUCGUGAUGUUCAGGGCCUUCGUGUAUGACCAUCACAUCAACGAAUCGGACUGGAAGAACGAUCGGGCCAAUGCUGCAGUGGACUUCUUCAAGGACCUUGACGGCCAGUUCGAUGAUAAUGUCGUCAUUCAGAUCAAGUACGGCCCAAUCGACUUCCAGGUCCGCGAGCCUCCGUCGCCAUUAUUCGCAAACCUGCGCCAUACCGCCAUGGCCAUUGAGCUUCAGGUAACCCAAGAAUAUCUAGGCGAGCAGGACCAUCUUGUAUACCUUCCUCCACUCUGGAAGACUAUCCUCGAUUACGACCUCAGAGUCGAUAGCAAGCCAUCGGUGAUUCGCAGCAUUUUAUCUGGACAGCGAUUCAACAAUUCUCUAAGCGGUUACGCGGCUGUCGUAAAUGUCGGCACGAACACGACGUGGCUCGGAAGCCAUCUGGCAAUGUCGAAUUUAUAUGCUUACGGUCGCUUGGCAUGGAACCCUCAAGCUGACGAAGUAGCUGUGCUGCAGGAUUGGACGCGUCUCACCUUUGGAUUUGACGAGGCCGUCAUUGACACCAUCACCAAGAUGUCCCUAGAGUCAUGGCCAGCUUAUGAGAACUAUACGGGCAACCUAGGGGUUCAGACACUGACGGAUAUCACUGGCCCGCACUAUGGUCCAAACCCAGCUUCGCAGGAUGACAAUGGCUGGGGCCAGUGGACACGUGCGGACGCGGACUCGAUCGGAAUGGACCGAACAGUUAAAAACGGUACUGGCUUCUCCGGUCAGUACCCGCCAGAAGUCGCGGCGAUAUACGAGGAUGUUAACACUACUCCCGAUGACUUAUUGUUGUGGUUUCACCACGUGCCGUACACCCAGAGGUUGAAAUCGGGCAAGACCGUCAUCCAGCAUUUCUACGACGCGCACUACGCUGGCGCCGAGACGGCGCAGACGUUCCCGAAGCAGUGGGCGGCGUUGAAGGGUUUGAUCGACGGCGAGCGCUUCAACGACGUCGCCUUAAAACUAGAAUACCAGGCCGGUCACUCAAUUGUCUGGCGCGAUGCCAUCACCGAGUUCUAUUUCAACAAGUCCGGCAUCGCCGAUGAGGCUAGGCGUAUUGGCAGCCAUCCUUGGCGCAUCGAGGCGGAGAAGAUGAAGCUCGACGGAUACAAGCCCUUCUCCAUCGUCCCGUUCGAAGCCGCAUCGGGUUACACGGCCGUCAUGACGACUAGCAACACCACGGCCGGCACGGUGUCCACCACGAUCGACUAUCCUUCCAGCGUGUAUGACAUCGCGGUCAACUAUUACGACGGAGUCGGCGGUCGGUCGCGGUAUGAGAUCUUCCUCAACGACGAGUCGUUGGGCCAGUGGGUGGGCGAUCUGGAGUGGAAGCUGGGCCAUCAGCAAUGGCCGGCAUUUGCGCCUGACGGCCACUCCGCGACGCGUGUCACGUUCCAAGACGUCGAGGUCGAGAACGGAGACGUGCUGAAGAUCGUCGGCCAGCCGGAUGGCACAGAGCCCGCGCCGAUCGACUAUGUGGCAUUGUUGCCAGCGAGCGUCGUCGAUUAG